AUGAGGGUUACUAAUAGGAGUGGUAAGGUAUUGGCAAGCCCUCUUAUAGGAAAGACUGUGGUUGAUAUUGUGCCAUUUGAUAUUGAAGAAGUAGAAAUUGAUCAUCCAGUGGAGUCUGAGAAACUGGAUGAGAUUAUUUAUGAUACACCAUCCAACUAUCAGCAGGUUGAUGAGUUGGAGAAGAGAAAGAGAAAGGAGGUUGAAGUGGUGGUUACCACUCUCCUAAAAUCACCUUCUCUAUUUCCCCAUCAGUUGAAGAAAAAGGCCAAUGAUGCAAAGUUUAGGAAAUUUAUGGCCAUGCUUAAGAAGUUGACGAUCAAUUUUCCACUAGUGCAGGCAUUGGAACAAAUGUCCGAAAUUGGGUUUGGGGAGCCUACUCCCACAAACAUAAGACUAGUUAUGGCAGAUAGGUCUGUAAAGCGGCCCGUGGAGAUUCUUUAUGACGUAUUAGUGAAGGUGGCCAGUGUCACAUUUCCAGUAGAUUUUGUUAUCCUCAAUUGUGAGGAGGAUUUCGAAGUGCCCAUAAUCUUAGGUCGAUCUUUCCUCAGAAUCGGGAGUGUACUUAUUGAUUUGAGGACGCAUGAGCUACUAUUCAGGCUGAAUGAUGAGGUGGUUUAA